AUGCAAACGAUGGAUACGCCCCCAAGUACCCCCCCACAUCGCCCCAAGGGCGGCGAGCUUUCAGUGGGCCGUCGCAUUGCAAUUGUAGUGGAGGCUGCGCUGGCUAUUCCGCCGGGCCAAGUACGGAUACCCAAGCAAGGGUGCGCUGGGCCCACCGACAUCAACAGACACUUUUCCUGCCCGUAAGUGUCUUGGUUUUAGUGUGGAACCCCCAAGUGUCUUAGUUUUAGUGUGGGGCCACUAUUAUACUGCAUUGAGUAUAGGGGGGCGCGAUGUGGGUCGCUGAGUAGAGGGGGGGGGGGGAUUCGGGCCCUACUCUGUUGUUUUUUUGCCCCGCAAGUGUCUUGGUUUUAGUGUGGGAUCCCCAAGUGUCUUGGUUUUAGUGUGGGCCCCCAAAAUGUCUUGAAUUUAGUGUGUGGAUCACUAUCAAUAUGGUUUUAGUAUGGGGGACGUAUUGUGGAUGGCUGAGUCUAGGCGGGGUUAGCUUUAGGGUUGGGAAUAGUUCUUGGUUUUGGGGGGGGAGGGGUUAGGCUCAAUGCCCCACGUACCCCACCCCCCGGAAAAGGGCGAAAUAUGGCCGUUUUCGGGCCGACUC